GUGCCUCUUUAAAACUCAUGCAGCUGCUUAGUCAGUACUAGGCGCCCCCGCUGCCCCCCCUUUCGCUGCCCAGUAAGUUUGUUGCAAUAUGGGUGUGACUUUUGAUGGAGCUCCCCCUCCCUGUUAUGUCAUUACUCCGUUCCUUUGAAUCAGAAUAAAAAGUGCAGCAAACUUCAGACUCAUUGACUGCAGGCUUAACAAGCGCCGGGGCUUUUCUUCUCUCCGCAGCUUGCAAGGAUCUCUGUUUUUUUGCAAAACAAUUCUGAGAAAACAAUGGCCAGCUUCUACGUAUGGGUAACUUUUGGAUUAUGUUUGCUGAAGCUUUGUCUAACAGAGACACAAUUCAAUGUAAGUUGCAGAUAUAGAGGAGUUUUUCAUGUGGAAAAAAAUGGUCGCUACAGUCUCACACGAACUGAAGCAGCUGACCUUUGCAGAGCUCUCAAUAGUACCUUGUCAACACUAGAACAGUUGGAAAAAGCUCACGAACUUGGAUUUGAAACUUGCAGGUAUGGUUUUAUAGUGGGGCAUAUUGCUAUCCCACGAAUCAAUCCCUAUCAUCUUUGUGCAGCAAAUCAUACUGGAAUUUAUAAACUUUCAGCAAAUACAACAGGCCGUUAUGAUGCGUAUUGUUACAAUGCAACAGAAACAAGGGACAAAGCAUGUGAGCCAAUUGAAAGAAUAGACACUUCUUUUCUCAAUAAUCAGAGUGAAAUAGUCAUUGACAAUGAAGAUGGCUCACGUUAUAAUGCAGAUGGCACACGUCAUAGUGGAGACUCCUCAACCUCAGGUGUGGAUGACGAAAAUGUAGGUAGUGGAUCAUCACAUGACACAACUCCAGUAGAUACCUCCAUCAAGAGAUCCAGUCCCUCGUAUUAUGGAAGUGUUACUCCAGUCUCACAUCUGUCAGAUCAUUCUUCUGGAGGAGGUGAAAAGGAUUUUCCUGUCAAAAAUUCUGAUGAUGAAAUUUCUCCUACAUCAACUGAUAUCUCUUUGGUGACGGGAUUUAAUGAUUUCGCCAAAGAAGAUGAUGAAUGGCAUCGUGGAAGUACUACUCCGGGGCCUCAUCGUGUUCACCUGGAGAAAACUACCACCCAAACUUGGUGGAAUCCAUUUUCAAACGAGUGGUGGUGGUCAAAUCCCAGAGAGAAGACACAAGAACCCACGCAGACAACAAGGGCAGAUGUGACCUCAAGCGGCAAUGGUUCAGAUGAUGAAGACUCUUCGGAGGAGACGACUUACCCUACGGUGUUUCCACGAUGGGACAUAAGUGUGGCCAAGAAAGAGUAUGCUCCAAGUACUACUCCGGGGCCUCAUCGUGUUCACCUGGAGAAAACUACCACCCAAACUUGGUGGAAUCCAUUUUCAAACGAGUGGUGGUGGUCAAAUCCCAGAGAGAAGACACAAGAACCCACGCAGACAACAAGGGCAGAUGUGACCUCAAGCGGUAAUGGUUCAGAUGAUGAAGACUCUUCGGAGGAGACGACUUACCCUACGGUGUUUCCACGAUGGGACAUAAGUGUGGCCAAGAAAGAGUAUGCUCCAAGUACUACUCCGGGGCCUCAUCGUGUUCACCUGGAGAAAACUACCACCCAAACUUGGUGGAAUCCAUUUUCAAACGAGUGGUGGUGGUCAAAUCCCAGAGAGAAGACACAAGAACCCACGCAGACAACAAGGGCAGAUGUGACCUCAAGCGGUAAUGGUUCAGAUGAUGAAGACUCUUCGGAGGAGACGACUUACCCUACGGUGUUUCCACGAUGGGACAUAAGUGUGGCCAAGAAAGAGUAUGCUCCAAGUACUACAGAUGUGACCUCAAGCGGCAAUGGUUCAGAUGAUGAAGACUCUUCGGAGGAGACGACUUACCCUACGGUGUUUUCACGAUGGGACAUAAGUGUGGCCAAGAAAGAGUAUGCUCCAAGUACUACUAUGGACUUGCAACAUGGAGUGCUUCUGGAAAUCUCCACACAAGAUCAUUGGAACCCCUCUUAUACAGAUGAAGAGGAGCAAUAUCCUAGCUCUGCGGGCAGGGCACUAGUUACAAGUGAAAAUGAAAAACGUCAAGGACCAACCCAACAUCCACUGUUACACAGUGCCCAUUCUGGAUGGAUCAGUCAAGCACAAAACCCUGCAAAUACGACUGGGAGUACUGAACAUCAAGAAUUUACUCUUCCAGGUGAAAAUGAUAUUGAAAAGAAAACUUCUUAUACAGCUAUGGCCUCCAGUCAUGGGGCCAGACAGAAUGACUCAGCGCAAGACCCAUUGGUGUAUCCAGGUUGGGACAAGGGAGAGGAUUAUUCCACACAAGCCCCUGUAAUGGAUAGAGUUAUUCCUUCCAGAGAAAGUAAUCACGAAAAAGAGUCUUCCAAUACAGCUCUUGCCACUCCUGAUGGUGCUCGACAUGAAGACUCAACGCAGCCACCUCUGUCUUCAGGCAAUGAAGCAGGAUGGGGCACUGAAGGCAUCACACAUCCCACAGAUGCCCCUGGGGGUGAGGUCCUCCACGGGCUGACUCCUGCUAGUACGAACGAAGCUGGAGAUGACUCUCUCCUGAUGGGUACCAUCACAGAGUCCGCGGAUAUUGUCAGCCGAGAGGAAGCUACCAAAGAGCCGUUGGCACCCAGCACGCAGCCUGGAAGUGAAAGUGAACAAGCAAAUACCACAGACGGCUCUUAUGUCAAUUUGGUACCUGGAGUUUUUUCAGACAUUGAUGAUCGUCACAAUCAAUUACAGACCCCUCUUCCUCCUACUCUUGCCACUCCUGAUGGUGCUCGACAUGAAGACUCAACGCAGCCACCUCUGUCUUCAGGCAAUGAAGCAGGAUGGGGCACUGAAGGCAUCACACAUCCCACAGAUGCCCCUGGGGGUGAGGUCCUCCACGGGCUGACUCCUGCUAGUACGAACGAAGCUGGAGAUGACUCUCUCCUGAUGGGUACCACAGUAACAGCCAGCAUUGAUGUUCUGGAACCAGAAGAUGUAACCCAGGAAGUGUGGGCACCUCGAGUCAUCGUAACAGCUCUUGCCACUCCUGAUGGUGCUCGACAUGAAGACUCAACGCAGCCACCUCUGUCUUCAGGCAAUGAAGCAGGAUGGGGCACUGAAGGCAUCACACAUCCCACAGAUGCCCCUGGGGGUGAGGUCCUCCACGGGCUGACUCCUGCUAGUACGAACGAAGCUGGAGAUGACUCUCUCCUGAUGGGUACCAUCACAGAGUCCGCGGAUAUUGUCAGCCGAGAGGAAGCUACCAAAGAGCCGUUGGCACCCAGCACGCAGCCUGGAAGUGAAAGUGAACAAGCAAAUACCACAGACGGCUCUUAUGUCAAUUUGGUACCUGGAGUUUUUUCAGACAUUGAUGAUCGUCACAAUCAAUUACAGACCCCUCUUCCUCCUAGAUCUACAUCCAUUAUAGGUGGUGAUCAUGGAUCACGCAAGGGAAAUGUUGAACCCACUUCCAACCCUGGAGAGAACGCAACAACAACAAUAACGUCACAACCAAGGUCAGCCCAGGUACCAGAAUGGCUGAUCAUCGUUGCUGCUCUCUUGGCACUGGCAUUGAUCCUUGCAGUGUGCAUCGCCGUCAGCAGUCGGAGGAGAUGUGGGCAGAAGAAAAAGCUCGUGAUCAAUAACGGCAAAGGUGCAGUGGAGGACAGAAAGACGAGUGAAUUAAAUGGGGAUGCCAGCAAAUCACAAGAAAUGGUGCACUUGGUUCACAAAGAACAGUCAAAUGACCGAACAGGAGCAUCUGACGAAUUCCUCACCAUUGACGAAACACAAAAUCAUCAGGAGCUGGAUAUGAAGAGUGGAGUGUAAUGGUACCAACUCACCAAGUAGAUCAGAGCUGGGGAAAUCAAGAUCACACGGAACUUGGGCCAGAAUUCACAGAUGCACUGUGCUACUGAUGUCUUUUGAACACGAUUAAACUUAAGUUGUCUUCAUUUUUAAUCAUUUUAAAAUGAUGUCUGAGUUACAAAAUAGACAUUUGCUAUCUGAAAUAAGCCCCAAGAGUUGCAUAAAUUCGUCAGUUCCCAAUUCCUACACAGAGGACACUUACUGUGUCCUGGGUAUAUCAUUGAUCCCCAGAUACAGUGUCUUCGCUGUGCGGAGCUACAGAAGCAUCCAGUUGCUCCAUCUUACAGGUAUUUAAGGUACUAAACUUGUCAUGGUACAAGAGUAAGCAAGCAACAAAUGUCGAGCAAAAAAAAAAAAGAAGCUUAAACCAAAAAGGCCUCCUAUACAAUGUCUAAAACAGCAGAAUCUAUCAGAAAUGCCUUACAGCCAGGAAGAGCAGUAGGUGCAUUGAAAGUCUGCCAGUAAAAUCAAAAAGUGAUGUUUUAUAAUGAUUUAUGACUUAUUCUGUAACAAGGAAAACCCAGAAGGACAAAUCUUAUUUAUCAUUGUUUUAAAAUGUCUGUGGGCAUACAGCAAGUCUUUUUGGGAGGGGGAAUAAAAAGAUGAAAACAUGAGAUGAUACAUAAUAAAUAUCAUUACUUUAUUAUCUUAACAAUCUGUACAGUUAUCCUUGAGUUUUUGAAGAGUUAUCCUUGAGUUUUUGAAGUGUUCAUUGCUCUUCCCCCUCCCUCCUUCAUUGGUCCCAGUUUGUGUAUGUUUUUAAUGAGUCUGUUAGUUAGUAUAAUUAAUAAAACAGAAUGACCCCAGCUCUAUUGUGCAUGCACAAAUCAAGGAAUUUGAAAUCAUCAGCAAUGAUGACAGUAUUUUUAUUCCUGAAGAAUAGGUCUUUACUUUCCCCUGCUCAAUCGUACUUAGGAGACGCUGAGCCUAGUAAAGCUUGUUUCCUCUGUAACUGUUGCAUUACACCAGUUUGCUGAUAUUUUAAAAGUUACCUUUCUAUGAUCUCACUCACUUCUGAAUUCUAUUUUCUCCACAUUUUAUUUCUUCUUUUUAAAAAUACCAAAACAAAUACUGCUUGUUUACUGGUACCAGAAGUUGAAAUUCUACAGAAAAGAUCAAAGAGAUUUAAAGGAAAUUCUCCCAGCAAUGUAAUAUAGUAAAAUAGCUGCAGCUGCAUUGUCAUAUGCUUUUGUUUUGUCAUUGUAUGUCUAUUAUGUAAAGUAUUUGUAUUAAGCUAUGAUGCUGUGCAUUAUAUUGAUAUGAACUGCCAGAAAGAAAAUUAUUUACUACCAGUGGUCUGUGCCAUUUUUAAGAAAGCAUAUUGGAAUGGAGGGCGAAUUGUAACUUCUAAUCGGGCUGCCCCAAAAAAAUGCAAGCAAAAUCAACCAGAGGUAAUAGCAUACAGUGAGGUGUGUCAGCUGUGGGAUGGGGAAUACCAAGAGAAGUCCGUUCAGAUGUUCCUGUUCACUGACCAUAGCACCUUCAUUGGAAAACACCGUUCUGCUAAUGCAUAUUAUUUUAUGUUCUCCAUCUGAAGCAAUUGGAGGAUGAGUAUUCAGUUGGCUAAAUAUUAACAUUAUCUAGCACUGAUCUUUACUGGAAUACGAAGCACAAUCAAAAUAGUGUUUAUGGUUCUCAGUUACAUCCCUUCAGCAGUUUCCCAAGCGUUUCAUUGAGUUGCUUAGUGCCCUAGUAUCUGCAGGCAGAUCUCCUCAGGGAAAAUGUACACUUGGGCAAAAGGCCCCAGGACAAGAUGUGAUUUCAGAGUACACGUAGGACAUUUUCUGACUCCAUGUAUGUAAAGAUGUCUCAUCUAUGAGCAGUCACACAGCUCCAAAGGUGUUCAAACAAGCUGAAGCCAAUAAGGUCAAGGUGACUAACACUAUCAGUAUAUGUGGUCCAUUGUCAAAUUUCUCAGCCCUGCCAUAAGCACAUAUUUUAAUUCUGAGCUGUGUUGUGGGAAGUUUGUUGACUCUACAUUGAUUUUUAAUUCCCGUAAUGUUUUUAAGCUUUUCUUUUUCUCAUUAUAAAUCAAUAAUGUGUAAUUAUAUACUCUUUUCACUAAGUGUGGAGAUCCAGAAUAAGAACUUUGACUCUCUUUAAAUCCCAAUUGAAUAUAAGCCACAAUCAAAAGGAGAUUUUUCACUGUCUUGAAGGAUAAAGUUUUCUUUUUUUU